UUCCCAAAUCCCAUGUGAGUUUUAUUUUGAAAAUGUUGAGUUUAAUUUUUGUAGAAUUUUUAACAUAAUAUCAUUAUGGCAGAUGAUUCUAUAUUCGACAAGAAAAAGUCCCAUCGGGCAAAGCAUGCCGGUCGCAAGGCAGAGAAGAAGAAAAAGAAAAACCAAGUCGACACAUCUAACCUAAGUGCGAGGCAAAGGAAUCCUAAAGCGUUCGCUAUACAGUCGGCUGUGAGAGCCGAGAGACAGUUUCGUCGACGGGAAGAUGUCAUAUCUAAGAAGCAGCACAUUCCUCAAGUGGAUAAAACACCGUUGGAGCCUCCGCCCAUCGUAGUGGCCGUGGUGGGACCGCCGCGAGUGGGCAAGACGACUCUCAUCAGUAACUUGAUAAAGAGUUUCAUUAAAACCAAUGUGACUAGCACCAACGGUCCCAUAACUAUAGUCACGUCUAAGAAGCGUCGCCUCACGCUGAUAGAAUGUAACAACGACGUCAACUCCAUGAUAGACAUCGCCAAGUGCGCGGACCUCGUGCUGCUGCUAUGCGACGCCAGCUUCGGGUUCGAAAUGGAGAUAUUCGAGUUCCUCAACAUAUGCCAAGUUCACGGCAUGCCCAAAAUCAUGGGAGUUCUAACCCAUCUUGACAUGAUUAAAAAUGCUAAGAAAUUGAAAAUGACCAAGAAAACUCUAAAACAUCGUUUCUGGACGGAGGUGUAUCCUGGAGCCAAGCUAUUUUACUUGUCUGGUAUAAUACAUGGUGAAUAUCUCAGGAACGAAAUAAAGAACCUGUCAAGGUUUAUAUCAGUGAUGAAAUUCCGUCCCUUGAGUUGGCGUAUGACACAUGCAUACCUGUUAGCUGAUAGAUUGGAAGACAUAACAAAUCAGGAAGCUAUAAGAAAGGACCCAAAAAUUAACAGAGAUGUUGUGUUAUAUGGGUAUGUUAGAGGAGUUCCGCUGUUGAAGGAGUCAAUGGUGCAUAUAGCAGGUGUAGGUGAUAUGAAGAUUAGUGAACUGUCAUAUUUGCCAGACCCAUGUCCUUUGCCGAACAGUGAAAAGAAGCGUCACUUGAUGGAGAGGGAGAGGCAAAUCUAUGCCCCAUUUUCUGGUGUAGGAGGAAUCGUAUAUGACAAAGAUGCUGUGUAUAUAGAGCUUAAGGGAUCUCAUUCUCACAAGCAGGAAGAUGAAGAAACCAACGAGAAAAAAGAACUGCUCAAAAAUGUGGUCGAGUCAAAAGAAACAGUGGAUGAGCAAAUGCAAGAAUCAGGUUUCAGACUGUUCAGUGGUGGUGCUGUUAUCUAUCCAGAUAUGUUGAAAGAUGAUGAAUAUUUACAAAGCAAUAAAGAACAUGAAAAAUCUGAAGAUUCUGCAUCUGAUGAUGAGGGAAGUGAUUCAGAUAAUGAUAGUGGCAUUGAGCAGAGUCAAAAAGACACUGCUGCUAAGAGUUCUAAAUUGCCUUGGGAUAAUAAUUCUGGGUCUGAGGGAGAAGAUGACAGUGGAGAUGAUGAUAAUAAAAAUAAAGAAGAUUCUGACUCAGAUGAAGAGGCCAAUGAACAAGAUUUUAGCACAAAGUGGAAGGAAAAAAUGGCAGAAAAUGCCACUACUGCUUACUUUGAAAGACAAAGAACUUCAAAAAAUAUUAUGAAAUUAGUGUAUGGAGAGUUUGAAAUUGGAAACAAAACUAAGGAGCAAGAGGAAAAUGAUUCGUCUGAUGAUGAAUCAGAUGAGGAAUCUGGACCUUUUAUUAAAAAAGUAACAAACUCUGAAAAAAAGAAACAAAAAGAAAAGGAUCAGCUAGAUCUAGAUGAAUGUUCAUUCUUUUAUUCCAUAGACAAACCUGUACUAAGGGAUUGGGCCAGUGAAGCAAAUAAACAGCUUAUUAUAAACAGUUUUGUCACUGGUAAAAGGUCAGCUGAUGAAGAUGCCGAAGAGCUUUUGAAAUUAGAUGAUGCUAGUGAUGGUGAAGAAGAACUCUAUGGAGACUUUGAAGACUUGGAGACAGGUGAGAAACAUGUUGAAGAGAAGAAGACCGAAAAUGUUGACGAAACCGGCUUUAAAAGAAAAGCAGAACCGACUAAAUCAGAAAUUAUGGAAAAGAAGCUAAAGUUGAAAGCCAAGUUUGAUUCUGAAUAUGAUAACCCUGAGGAUCACAGAAUAAAAGGUGAUCACUCAUAUUAUGAGAACUUAAAGGCAGAAGCAUUGAAACAGUCAGAACUAAAUAAAUCUGUAUUUGAAAAUCUAGACAAUGGUUUAAGAAUUGAGGUGGAAGGAUUUAGGCCAGGUUUGUAUGUGAGGAUGUUGUUCAAAAAUAUGCCUUCAGAAUUUGUUACUAAUUUUGAUGCAUCCUAUCCAAUUUUGAUUGGUGCUUUAAACAUGGCUGAACAAAAUAUUGGUUUCGUAUCAUGUAAAGUUAAAAAACAUAGAUGGUACAAGAAAAUUUUAAAGACAAAUGACCCAUUGAUUAUAUCACUGGGUUGGAGACGAUUCCAAACCCUACCUAUUUACUCAAAAGUAGAAGACGAUUUAAAGUGUAGAUAUUUGAAAUACACACCAGAGCAUGUCACAUGUAAUAUGCACUUUUAUGGGCCAAUUACACCACAGAAUACUGGCUUUCUCGCUUUGCAAACUGUGAACAAUAAUCCAAACGAAAUCAAACAGCUGGGUUUUAGAAUAGCGGCGACGGGUAGCGUCAACGAAAUAAACAAGUCGACGCAAAUAAUGAAAAAAUUAAAACUGGUUGGUACACCAUUAAAAAUUUACAAGAAAACAGCAUUUAUCAAGGACAUGUUUACUAGUACCUUAGAAGUAGCGAAGUUCGAAGGUGCGCGAAUCAAAACCGUGUCGGGAAUUCGAGGGCAAAUUAAAAAGGCUUUGAAUAAACCCGAGGGAGCUUUUCGAGCGACCUUUGAAGAUAAAAUACUUAUGAGUGACGUGAUCUUCUGUCGGACAUGGUUCAAAGUGGAUGUCACAAAGUUUUAUGCUCCCGUUGUAAAUCUAUUGCUGCCAGUCGGCAACAAGAAUGCAUGGCAGGGAAUGAAGACUAAGGGCCAACUCAAACGAGAGAAGAACAUCAAGAGCGAGGCCAACAAAGACUCCAUGUACACAGAAAUAAAGAGGGAACCCAAAGUGUUCAAACCUCUUGUUAUACCCAAAGAGUUACAGAAAGGUCUACCCUACAGAUUUAAGCCUAAAGUCAAUAAAACGACUCUUUCAAAUAAGGAUACAAAGGAUAUGUUUAAGGAUAGAAUAGCUGUAGUAAGGAGCCCACAUGAGCAGAAGGUAUCAAAUGUUAUGAAGAUGCUAAGUACUAAUUACCAGAAGAAGCAGGAAGUUCAGAAAGAGAAGACAGCACAGAGGUUGUCUCUGUUCAAGAAAAAACAGGACGAAGAGGAGUGGCGUAAGAUUAAACGACAGAAAGAACUGAAGAAGAAAAUAUGUCGGCAUAUUAGUAAAAUGUCCAAUAAAAAGGAAAAACAAAUGUAAAUUAGAAUUAAUAAAUAAGUUCAU